AUGGGUUCGCCUGCUCGGGCAAAGGGGAGAAAAAAUCGUCGCACUCGAGGCCCCGCUGAGGCACAGUCACAGUGCCCGGAGGAGGUACCAGUUCCCGAGGAGCCCCAAGGCCAUCCCCCCGCAGACGUGAGCAUCUCGACAACUGACACCCCGGGUGAGUCACUUAUUCAAAUGACAGGUUUACCACAGCAGCAAACUUGCUCAGCGGACAGUAUUGCCGCUCAUGUACCUCAUAAACUUAAACAAAAAAUAUGGGAGGGGCAAUUUGUAGAUCUUUCUCUCUUGCUAAAGUCGGCCACAGAAUUAGAUGAAUGGGAUUCACAAGGGGAAGUCCAUUUCAAAAAUGGCCAUUUAUGUGUUGUAAAGCGAAAACAGAACUCGCAAUUGAGUAUAGAAAAGUGGACUUCAGCUUUUAUGAUCUAUAUGAGUAUCAUUUUCGAACACAGCGAAGCAAAAGCUCAAGAAAUGCUAAAAUAUACGCGAUAUAUCCGCAUGGCAGCUAGUCGUUCGUACAAUUGGUACAAGUAUGACGAACAAUUGCGAUUACGCAGAGUUUCAAAUCCAACAAUGUCGUGGAGGGAAAUCCAUAGCGAAUUCUGGCUCAUGUAUGUCAGCAACCAAUCAAAUCUCAAUUAUACAUCACAGCCUCAAGAAUAUUUAGGUCAAUAUUCCAAGAACACAACACAACAUUUCCCCCCUAAAACAACACAGACAAGUGCAAAAAAUCCUUUAAGCUGUAAUAUAUACAACCAGGGUAAAUUCUGUACUUUCUUCCCCAGAUGCCGCUACAGCCACACUUGCAGUCAAUGCAGAGGAAAUCAUCCCAGAGUCAACUGCGCAAGGAAAUAA